AUGUCCCCGAUACCUUCGUCCACAAAAAAGAAACGUCAUGCAGCUACACAAAACCUUGUAAAACGUCAUGAAAAUAAAGAAAAUAUCAUUCUGCCUUCAUCCUCCGUUUCUAGUCCGAAAUCUCCAUCCGUCACCGCGAGAGAAAGUCGUCCUCUUAACGUCACUAACACACCCAAAAGAGGAAUAUCCGAAUUACCUGUCGACGCCCCACGUCACACACUUCACAAUGUUUAUUCAUACAGAAAACGUGCGUUUACGGGUCCGUCGUGCCAAAAACUAUCGUCAUACGCAUCAAAAAUGACUGCCGACACCGCGAAGAAUGUCAACGAUCAUUAUCAAGUUAUUCACAACUCUCUUUUGAUCGAAUUGAUGCAACAAACAGUAUGUGAUGGAUGUGAAUCAAAAUGGAAUGGUGAUCUGUCGACAGCAAAGAGAAAAGGUUUAUAUUGUUCUCUGGUAUUUACGUGUAAAUGUGGCCAUAUGAUCAGAAUUGGUACGUCGAAACGUUUUCCACAAACACAAAUGCGAGAUGUGAAUAUUCGAUGUGUAAUUGGUGCAAUGGAGGUGGACGGAAUCUAUCGCCUAUUUGAACGUUCCCAACGUCUAUAUAAUGUUCAGUAUGUCAAUUACAUCGGUGAUGGCGAUGCUAAAAUUCUUCCAAAAUUACUCAACAUCGACUGA